AUGAGCUUCAAAGGAAAGAAACUCUUUGAUGAUGAUAGCAGCAGCGAUGGGGGAAGGAAAAGAAAGCGACUGAAAAAAGUAUCAAGUAGUUUGUUUGAUAGCGACGAUGACGAUAACGAUAACGACAAAGAUUUGUUUAGCAAAGGAGAAGAGACCAACACAUCUCAAUCCAAAAGUGUGGUCGAAAUUAAGGACGAUGACGAUUCCGAGCAGCAGGAUACCUACUACACCACAGGAACAUCGUCCAACAAAUCACUCCCCAAAAAGUCGUCAAGCAAACCCAUGUACCAUGACAUAACGUCCUACUUCAAACCAAGUUCCAAAAAAAUGGAGGACCAAACUGUGGCAGACACAGUGGGAACUAAACACAAUGUGAAGGGAAAUGCACGAGAAAACACAAGUCUCUUCGAUUUGGAGAGUAAAAAAUUUAAAAAGGAAGCUCCUCAUACGAGCACCGGGCUGAAGAGGGAGAGGGAAGAAGACCUACACGACAUGAUAGACGAACACAAGUAUAAAAAAAAACACACCUCUCCAGGGAAUGGAAAAACCAAAGAAGAAUCAGACUUUAACAAUAGCGGAGGGAGUACCACAAAGAAGAAAAAACUCACCUCCAUGUCCACCAUGGGUGGAAAUAACAACAGGGACGAUACAGCCAACAAGUUCGACUACCUCCCUUUUCAUAACCUCAAAUUUGUGUUAACAGGAGUGUUUAAAAAUUUCUCUCGAGAUGAGUUACAAUCCAAAAUUAAAGAACAUGGGGGAAGCGUUAUGUCCGCUGUGUCGUCAAAAACGCAUUAUCUCAUUCAUGGAGAGUAUUUGGAAGACGGCCGAAUGUACAACGAGGGAAGGAAGUAUCAGAAGGCGUUCGAGCUCCAGAAGAUGAGCAAGUCCAUUAUUAAAAUUUUGAAUGAGGAGGAGCUGCUACAGAUGCUACCGCAGGAGAAGGACCAAACUCCCAAGGGGGGAGACGCGGGUCACGGGAAGGAUGAUCACGACCCAUUUGAAAAAAGCCAGCAGAGCGACUUCACCAAGAUUAGGAGCGAGAGUGGGAAUAGCGGACGUGGGAACAGCGGAAGUGGGAGCUAUAAAAGCGCAGUGCAGAGCGAGAAGAAAAACACACCCAACUCCGGUGCUCCUGCGGAUCAAAGCAAAAUCCUGAAUCAACUCUGGGUGGAGAAGUACAGACCAAAAAAUCUGAACGAACUUGUAGGGAACAACCAGAAUGUGCUCAAGUUAAAAAAUUGGCUAGCUAGCUGGGAUGAUGUAUGCAUAAAGGGGCUCAAAAAACAAGUAACGAAAACAUUUAGAGGAGUAUACGAAAAUGUGAAUGCCAGGUGUGCCCUUUUGAGUGGCUCUGCAGGAAUUGGAAAAACGACAACUGCAAAAAUUGUGGCAGAGAGCUCCGGAUAUAACGUUAUCGAAUUUAAUGCGUCUGAUGAGAGAAACAAAGCAGCGGUAGAAAAAAUCAGUGAAAUGGCCACCGGGGGAUACUCCAUUGCUUCUAUCAAAAGCAAAAAAUUGACCAAAACCUGCAUAAUUAUGGACGAAGUGGAUGGUAUGUCUAGCGGAGACAAGGGAGGCAGUGCAGCCAUCUUAAAGAUGAUCGAAAAAACAAAGUGCCCAAUUAUCUGCAUAUGUAAUGAUAGACAGAAUAGCAAAAUGAGAACACUAGCCAAUAAAUGCUACGAUUUAAAAUUUACAACUCCAAAUAAAAAUAGCGUAGUGAAGAGGCUACUCGAAAUAUGUAAGCAAGAAGAUAUUAUGAUGGAGCCAAACGCAUUGGAGCUUCUAUGGGAAAGUACAAAUGGAGACAUGAGACAAAUGCUGAACGCGUUGCAGUUACUCUCCAAGACUGAAAAUUACACCAAUGUAUUUAAUGAUAAUGAUAAAUCUGCUAGCUCAAUAAAUAAAUGGAAUGCCUAUGCCCAAAUAUCACAUGAUUUAGCUCUAGCCGAAAGAAUUAAAUACAACAUGAAAACGACAAUGGAUUUUUCUCUCCUUCCUCACUUCUCUAUUCUCUCCUGUGUAUGUCCUGUCAUGAGAAUAAAAAUGCUAAAAUCAUUUAUGUCUGGCCGAAUUAAUUUCCCUUCCGCUUUUGGAAAAAUCUCCACCUUCAACAAAAAUAAAAGGCUACUAAAUGAAGUAUGCUUUAACAUGUCCUAUAAACUCAAUGUCUGUCCAAAACACAUGGUUACUUCUGGAUUUUUAAAUUAUAUAUAUGCUCAGAUUAUUUCUCCACUCCUAAGUAAUAAUAUCCCCAAAGCGAUCCAACUUAUGGAAGAAUAUAAUGUAACUAAGGAAAUGAUAACAGAGAAUAUCCCUUGUUUGAGAUUACCUACACAGGAAAAUUUGUAUGAUAAAUUGGAUUCCAAAGUUAAGGCAUCCUUCACUCGGCUCUACAACGCUUCCCACGUUAUAAAGAACGAUCCUAACAGCAUGCGCAAGGGACUUAAAUCAACUGAGAAGAAGAGUUCCUUCAAACUUAAUGAAUACGAAUCUGAUGAGGACAUAGAUGAACUCAGUGAAUCCAAGGAGGACAAGGAUGACGAUGUACUGGUCAAGAGUAAGGUGGAUAAGAAGCCUGCCGCCAAGGGAAAGGCCACCCCUCGCUCCAAAACCAAGAAACGCUGA